GCGUUACAGUCAUUUUUGUUAUGGCGGCUAUUUUUUCCAUUUCUCCGGUAAAUGCGUCGCUGAUGGUCGAUUCAUGGUAAAUACCGAUUCCGAUGGAAAAAUUACCAAAUUCUAGUAGUGUGGAAAUCGUGCCUCUCAGUGAUAGUUCUGUGGACAAAUCGCAAUCCCGAAUAAAGUCGCCGUACAUUUCCGAUGCAACUUUGGUACCACGAGUACAAAAGUAUUUGGAAAGUAACGUAGACCAAACCUAUGUGGACAUCAAUCAUAUGUCCGACCAGUUACAAAAGAAAUACAGGGAAUACGCUAAACGGAAACGCAGCGCCUUCAGGGCUUCAGUGAAAAAAGCCUACUCGAUUGUAUUGCAAAGCUACGGCAUGCAGGAAAAAGACUCGUCUGAAGAAGACAUCUCCAGCAACGACAGUGACGACGUGAGCGACGGUAUGGACAACGUUGAUGAAAACUCCAUGAACAAUGCGUUGGUGAAUCUCUAUCAGAGGCCGCAGCCAUCCAAAAUGAUUGAAAGUGAACUUAUCGAUAUAAGCAGCGAGGAUUCUGAUGAAGAAGCUGCUUAUAAUUACAGGAAGAGUAAUGGAGCUGCUGCUACAGCCUCGUCGGCCCCUAGGAGCGUUAUUAUGCAAGGGAUUUAUAAUAAUAAACCUCCGCAGGUUGAUAUCGUACCAGUGAACCAUACCAUACCAAAAAAACGAAAACACGAAACGGCAACCAUAUCGCCGAUCACUCUAAGACCAAAAAAACAAAAAACAACACAAGCCAAGUCCUUCUAUCAGGAACCCCGAUUCAGUUUCAAACACAUUGGAGGCAUGGACAAAACCUUGGAGGACGUUUGCAAGCUGCUUCUACACAUCAAACACCCGGAACUUUACAGCAAGUUGGGCAUUUCCCCUCCCAGAGGGUUCCUUUUGCACGGUCCUCCCGGUUGUGGGAAAACUUUACUAGCCAACGCCAUUGCAGGAGAAUUAGGGGUGCACAUAAUCAAAGUGGCAGCCCCUGAAUUAGUGGCCGGAGUAUCAGGGGAAAGUGAAGAAAGAAUCAGAGAAUUGUUUGAGAGAGCUUGCGACACUGCUCCCUGUGUAUUGUUCAUUGACGAAGUCGAUUCUAUUACACCGAACAGACAGAAUGCACAAAAAGAAAUGGAAAGGAGGAUAGUGGCUCAAUUGUUGAGUUGUCUUGAUGAUCUAAGCGAAAAUGGACAGCAGGUGUUGGUGAUUGGAGCUACUAACAGACCGGAUGGUAUAGACCCUGCCCUAAGACGCGCCGGGAGAUUUGAUAGAGAAAUUUGCCUUGGAAUUCCAGAUGUUAAAGCCAGAGAGGAAAUUCUGAGAGUUUUGUCGGCCCAUUUGACUCUUGCAUCAGAUUUCGAUUAUGGGAAAAUUGCUAAGUUCACUCCUGGUUAUGUGGGUGCUGAUCUACUUUCAUUGGCUAGAGAAGCGGCAAUGGUAGCUGUAAAUAGGGUUUUCAACACUAUAAAGGAACAACGCAAAUUAAAACCGGCCAUCCAAAUUCCUGUAAAAAACAACAAAAAUAAAAACGGUCUAGCACCACUUAAUAAAAAAGAUGAUAAACCCGAGGAAAAAGAAGAAGAAAUUGUAGUGGACGACGAUGUUUCAAAGCCAGAAGAAUCAACAAAUAAAAACAAUGAUGCAACAGUGGUUGUAUUGGAUGACGCAGAAAUAGAUAUAUGCAAAGUAGGCGAAGUAAAACCAAAAGAAACUGAAGUUGAAAAACUGGCUGAAGACAAACCACCAACUGAAAAAAAAUCAAGCGAUGUAAAUGAGCCAGUGAUAAUUAUUGAAGUAGAAUCGCAAGAACCAAUGCCAGUAGACAUUAAAACAUUGACAACGCUGGAAGAAUUACAAUCCUGGCUUCAUGACACUGUCCCUGUAAGCGACCACGAUCUACUAAACCUUUGCAUCACAAUGGACGACUUCCAAGAAGCUCUGAAAAAAGUACAACCAUCUGCCAAGAGAGAGGGCUUCGCCACAGUACCGGACACCACAUGGGACGACGUUGGCUCGCUCCGAGACAUCAGGGAAGAAUUGCAAAUGGCAAUUUUAGCUCCGGUACGACACUCUGAGCAGUUUGAGGCUUUGGGAUUGACAGUACCUGCUGGAGUACUUUUAUGUGGACCACCUGGAUGUGGUAAAACUUUAUUGGCAAAAGCUAUUGCUAAUGAAGCUGGAAUUAAUUUCAUUUCUGUUAAAGGACCUGAAUUAUUGAAUAUGUAUGUUGGUGAGAGCGAAAGGGCAGUAAGAGUGUGCUUUGAACGAGCCAGAAAUUCAGCUCCAUGCGUUAUAUUUUUUGACGAACUGGACGCCCUUUGUCCUAAAAGAUCAGAUACCAGAGAGGGUGGCGCUACUAUGCGUGUAGUGAAUCAAAUGUUGACAGAAAUGGAUGGCGUUGAAGGUCGCAAAGGUGUAUUUUUGCUAGCUGCCAGCAAUCGGCCUGACAUUAUAGAUCCAGCUGUGCUGAGACCUGGAAGAUUGGAUAAAAUCUUGUAUGUUGGACUUCCUUCCAGAGAGGACAGGGUUGAUAUUUUGAAGGCAAUAACAAAGAAUGGCGACAAACCAAAAUUAGACGAAGAUGUAGACUUGAAAAGUAUAGGUACCUCAGAACAAACCAAAGGUUAUACGGGUGCGGAUUUGGCUGCUCUAGUACGGGAAGCUUCAGUUUUGGCCUUGAAAGAAAUUAUGCUGGCUGGAGACUUGAGCAAACCUCUAGCAGUGUCUAGUAGGCAUUUCGUUAAGGCCUCUGAGAAAAUUAGACCGUCUGUUCCAGAAAAGGAUCAAAAACACUACGAGAAGCUGAAGCGGAUGUACACAGCUGUGCCUGAUCAUGCUGAAGUUGAAGAAAUGGAGUAUUCUUAAGUGUAUUUGUAUUUUAUGUUUUAGUUUUUAUUUUUCGAGUUUUUUGGAUUAAGUUCGUUUGUAUUUUAUGUUUUAGUUUUUAUUUUUUGUAGUUUUUAAGGUAUUUUUUAAUAUUACUUUUUGCAUCUUAUAAUAAUUAUUGCAGAUUGACAAUGUUGUCAGACUUGGAAAAAAAAAUAGGUUUUUUUUCUUAAUUUGUGAGGAUUUAAUUUUUCAUAUUCCAACCAAUAGUUAAUAAAUUAGGAUUUUUCCAAAAACCAA